AUGGCUCCCAAGACUGCCCCCUUCGUGCUGCUAUCUCUAGCUCCAGCAAUUGCCCUGGCUGGUAAGCGUGGUCUAUCCUACAACAACGGCACGCUCGCAAAUCUCUUCAGCGAGUACAGCCAAGUGUCAUGGGUCUAUAACUGGGGCUUCGAUCGAAACGGCGCCAACAACACUUUUGAUUUCUCACCCAUGCUUUGGGGCCUUCCCUCUUCCGACAACCCCGAAUGGACUGCAGCAGUUCAAGUGGAGGGCACCAAGGAAAUCCUUGGCUUCAACGAGCCCGACCUUGGCUCGCAAUCCAAUAUCAGUCCGGCCGACGCUGCCGCUGGUUACCUCAAGUUUAUGGAGUCAUUUGCUCAUGAUGUCCGGAUCGGGACUCCUGCAGUGACCAACGGGCCUCCUCCAGGCAUGGGAAUUGGCUGGAUGGACCAGUUUUUCCAGGACUGCUCGUCUUGCACACUUGACUUUGUUGCGAUCCAUUGGUACUCGAAUAACGACCCGGAGGGCUUCAAGUCCCAUGUGCAGCAGUUCUACAAAUACAAUCGCCCGAUUUGGAUCACUGAGUUCGCGGCUAGUGGUACGGAAGAUGAGCAGCUCUCGUUCCUGCAGGCGGUUCUGCCUUGGCUUGAUUCGCAGGCCCAAGUUGAGCGAUACGCUUACUUUGGCGACUUCCCUGGCUUCUUGGCUAACCAGAAUGUGGACGGUCUCUCCGAACUUGGCCAGGUUUAUGCCACUUACAGUGGUUAA